AUGACGCAAGCCGGUGACGUCACAACAUGGCCGAUUAGCUUUGUUCUCGAUGCAAGCAGUGCGGGUAGUCCGAAAGAGGCGUGCGUGGCCAACUCUCCACCACCACACCAGCAUCCGGCUCCAGCCAAGAGGCAGCAGCACCAUCCACACCCACAUCACGAUCAGAGGCGACUUAGCGUUGAGGUGCGCGUGAGUCCCGGCGCAGCUGGAACGUCAGCUGAGUCUCCACACAUACACCAUCCGCCUCAUCACCAGCCUCAUCACCAGCCUCACCAUCAUCAUAAUAUGGACACGAAUCCGCUGGAAGGCCCCGUAGAGUCUAUCGUCAGUGGGGCAGGAUCAUCUGAUGGUGAAUUGUCUAGUAAAGCAGGAGACAGUCCCAGUAGGAAACGAAGGCGGAUAUGCAGACAUAUAUCAUCUGGUGAAAGUAACGUGUCAGUGCCAACGCCGACUGUCGAAAGACGGACGCCCAGACAUCAUUAUCAACCGAGACGUCGCGUACGCUACAUGAGCGGCGGAAACGGCGGUGUGUGUACACACCAGCGACUAAUGGAGCAUACGCCCCACCCUCCGCACCCGCCUCACCCCGCGCAUCUGCCGCACCCUGGCCCGUUGCUACUGGAUAUUAACCAGAUGUCCCUUCGUGGCGCGCGGUUAAACGCGCUUGGAGGGGGCGUGGCGUGGCCUCACCACGCUCAUCCACACCCACAUCCACAUCCACACCCACACCCGCACGCACACGCGCAUGCGCAUCCCCACGCGCACGCACACAGGGACCACCCGCAGCGGACUCAGGUGGCGAGUAUAGGUGCCGCCGAGAUGUGGCCGGCCGUUCUGCCCGCGCUGCCCCACCCGCUCCGCUAUCAGGUACCGAAUUAG